UCAUUGAGCUGUCAAUUCAUACUACGCUGCGGUCGUUCGUUUGCCUAAUGGGAUUUUGUUUGAUCUUCGAUUUUCGGCAUUUUGUGUUGUGAUUUACCUACGUGAAAAUAUUGUAAAAUGCUAUCGCUUGACUUUAUUGAGUUAAAGUAAGAUCUUCCAACUAUUAUUGAUUCAUGAAACGUAAUCAAAAUGCCUCCUAUAAACUCCAAAUCAAAAAAGGGAGGCGCCGAAUACGAGAACAUAUUAGUGAGCAAAGGCACAGCCUUGGACUUUGAGCGCUACAUACAAGAGAAUAAGACUUUGCUAUUGAAUGACCCGCUCAGGGAUAUCCUACUGUACCCCACUGAUGAUGUAUCUAGUGUUGUCCUACCGCGCCGCUGGCGCACGGUCACGACGGCAGUGCCCGACGUGCGAACCGCAGCCACGUGUCCCCUGCUCACCCGCCAAGCCCUGCUCAGUUACGCUUCAAGUUGGAACCUCAUCCACUUCAAGUACAUCGGCUACUCUGGUUCCUACCUCAACUUGCCUAGACCUAUAAACAAUCAACUACCAGAGGAAGUGUAUGAUAUAGAUGCAGAGACAGAAAGUGAUAAUGAAGGGCAAGCCGCUAAAGUGGAUGUCGGUACCAAAGAGGGGUACUUGCUCAAAGGACCAGAAAUUGGCUCUGAAAGAAUAUUUAGCAACCUGGCUUCCAAGUCGUUCAAGAAACGAUACUGCUCAAUGCUUAGAGAGGCCGAUGGCACGUAUAUUCUUGAAGUUUAUAAGGAUGAGAAGAAAACUGACACAAAGCUCACAAUCGUUAUGGAUUUUUGUUCGGACGUUGUAAGGAAUCAAAAACGUGGGCGAUUCUGCUUCGAAUUGCGUAUGGCUGGCGGCAAAGGAUACACGUUUGCGACUGAAACAGAAGACGAUAUGAACGAUUGGAUAGCAGCUUUCAAUGGUGCUUUGAAGAAAAAACUGGAUAGCCCAGACGAACAGCAAAGUGAUGAAAUUUUAGAUAAAGAUGCAGACAUGUCCCUAACAGCAGAACCCCCUCCCCCCACGUACGGGACCCUAAAAGGUCUGGAACACAGUAUGAAUCCAUUGCUCAUGCGUUACUCUCGAGAGACUGACAUGUCGAUAGCCGUUGCAAGAAAUGAAUGUCGCGCGAAUAUAUUCAGCUUGCCGUACAAGAGAACGCCGGAGCCUGAACCUCAAUUAGAACCGUUCAAAGAACACUUUGGCCAAAGAAUACUGCUCAAAUGCGAAAGCUUAAAGUUUAGACUACAGGCGCCGAUAGAUGGCGAUAAAGAGUUUCUGUGCCAAGUGGAGCCGUACUUCACUCAUCUCGCUUUGUAUGAUGUAAGGAGUGGAAGGAAACUCACGGAGAACUUCCAUUUCGACUUGAACAAUGAAGCCGUGAGGGAUCUAGUCAAAGAUGACGAGUGUACAAAGUCAUUAGUAGAGAAUUUUAGCUACGAUGUUAAGUUAGAUGUUAAACAAAUACCAGACGAGUGGUUUAGAUCAAAGAAACAGGUACUGUUAUCUGUGAACAAUCCUCAUCCAGAUUUAUUUUUGGUAGUGCGAAUAGACAAAAUACUUCAAGGGCAUGUAAGUCAAGUACUCGAGCCUUAUCAGAAAGCCACUAAAGACCCUCGCCUUGGGCUCAAAGUGCAUAAAACCGUGCAAGCAUACGCCAAUAGAGUCGGCAAUUACAGGAUGCCGUUUGCUUGGACUGCUAAACCUUUGUUCAGAAUGUAUAGCAACGAUUUGGACACCACGCCCGAGUUUCCCGCGCUGUACCGACAGGAGCCGAACAAGAUGUCGGAUGAAGACCUUCUGAAGAUACUCUCUGACUUCCGCAAACCUGAGAAGCUGGCCAAACUAACGGUUGUGCCGGGCUGGCUGAGUAUUAACGUGCAACAGUCCAAUGAACUUGUACCCAAUUGCAUGACAAGCGCGUACGCAGCGUUGAAGCCUUUCCCACUUCCUCCUACAUCGCCGCUCACGCUAGAACUGGCCACGUUGAACGUGGAACCAGAGCAACCGUACGCAGCGUACGUGCACCAUCUGUAUGUACGACCAUUGGCCUUGAACUUCGAGUCGCAGAGGGUAUUCGCGCGGGCGCGGAAUAUCGCCUGCUCCAUCGAAUUAAGAGACAGCGAUACUGGAGAUAAUACACCUUUGCAGGUGGUGUACGGCAGAACAGGUAUGACGUCACAGUACCGGUGCUCCGUGCUGCACCACAACGCCAGCCCGGCGUGGAGCGACGAGGCCAAGAUCCGCCUCCCCGCCACCAUCACCCCCCAGCAUCAUCUGCUGUUCACCUUCCAUCACAUCUCCUGUGAUAUCGCCAAGAAGAACGAUGCCAAUGUGGAGACUUGCAUUGGCUAUGCUUGGGUGCCAUUACUGAAGAAUGAUAAAUUCGUCGAUGAAUUAGUAAUCUUGCCAAUCGCCACGCAUCUACCGUCCGGAUAUCUUGCUAUUCAGCCCUUGGGUCUAGGAAAAGGAAAUGCGGGCCCGGAAGUGGUGUGGGUGGAAGCGGAGAAGCAACUGUUUCGUUGCCAGUUGGUGCUGGAGUCCACCGUGGCGACCCGCGACAGCCAGCUGCACAAGCUGUUCAGCCAGGCCGAGCGGCUGCUGCGCUGCAGCGCGCCGAGCUCCUCGCCCGCGUCGCCGCCCUGGAAUGACGUCUGCAACGCCCUCAAGGCAGCCCACGCGAUCAAACUGAGCUCGCUUAUCGCUUUCUUGCCUACGAUUUUUAAUCAACUUUUUGAGUUAAUGACUUAUGAAAAAAGUUACACGCAAGAUAUGGGCUAUCAAAUCGUGAAGUUGAUUGUGCAUUUUGUUCAUAUGAUACACGAUUAUGGCCGAAAGGACUUACUAGAUAGCUAUGUUAAGUACGUAUUCAACUGCGUGGAGUUCAAACUGCACACGGCGCUGACGGCGCCGCUGCCGCAGUUCGCGGGCCCGGGCCAGCAGGACUUCCUGCUCGGACACAAGUUCAUGCAGUACUCCAGUUUCUUCUUCGACAUCAUCGUCAAGAGCAUGGCCCAGUACCUCAUCAACACUGGGAGAAUCAAAAUGUCACGCCAUGAGAGGUUUCACUCAGACCUGUUGGAGAAUAUAGACAAGUUAUUCAGUGUGGUGGAGCCAGCAUAUAUACUGCAGCAGCCUAUGCAAACACAUAUUUUUAACAAGAAUCUUGCCCUCUUUCUCAAGUCGUGCUUAUCAUUCAUGGACCGUGGCUUCGUGUUCCGCCAGAUAAAGAAGUAUCUAGAUAAAUUCAACGCGUGCGACCCCAAGGCGCUGUUCGACUUCAAAUUUACGUUCCUGCAAACUAUUUGCUCCCACGAGCAUUUCGUGCCAUUCAACUUGCCACUACAAGCCAAUGUUCUUACCAAAGAUUGUGAUGAAGAUCCAGCGAAGCUGUGUCUAACGGAAGAGUUCACUAUGCGACAUUUUCUUGCUGGGACCCUAUUAAAACAUGUGGAGCAAUCGCUGCGAGAGGCCCCGCAGAAGCGGCGGCUGUCGCUGGGCGUGCUGCGCGCGCUGCUCACCAAGCACGAGCACGACGACCGCUACCGCGCGCGCGCGUGUCGUGCGCGCCUGGCCUUGCUCUACGCGCCCUGGCUUACUCUUGUUUUAGAAAAUGCCCACCGUCUCGUAACGAAAUCCCUCGCUAGUCCCGUGUUAGAAAACGGCCAUGAUAAAGUUGACGGCGAUCUUACGAAUAUCAACCUAGCGGUCAAUGUGCAGAAGGAUGUGACGUCAGCAAAUAGCACGCCAAGACGAAACCGAUUGACUCUCCACUUUGAACAUACGCCAGUCCGAAAUUCUGCCCAUUUCAAGGACCCACCGGUUAUACAAAAUCAUAUGUAUGGAAAAGAUCACGCAAACAAUAUGUCACAAAGUUCGCUAGAAUCUGUGUCGACUAUGUCUGGAGGGGACUCGCUUCCUAGAAAUAUGGGGCGGCUAGACUUGGCGGAGAUUGGGGAUCAAGUCAACAGAUUUGGUGUGAUGUCGCCCGAGGAGGUGCGCGAUGUGCUUUUGUGUUUCCUGUUUGUUUUGAAGUACUUAGACGAGGACAGACUGGUGGAAUGGUGGAAAACUCACACGCCUGCGCAGCAGCAGUCAUUCUUCAAUGUGUUAGAAAUAUGCGCCGAACAAUUCCAGUACGUAGGCCGUAAAAGGAUUCUGUCAGAACUGAAAACGUCUACCCCCGAUUGCAACGGGAAGCCUAAACCAAUCAAAGCGCGCACGCUACCGGCGCGCAUGAGCCCGCCAGAUUUCUCCAAAGAACCACCCAUCAUUGUGGAGAAGAAUAACACUGUCAAUCGGGAGAAUCUCGUUCCUAACACCGUUACUUCAGAACUAGAAUGUAUAGCUGAACACACCGUCCUCUCCGCCGCAUCUCUCGCCACUGAAGUGGGCCUCACGCUGAUAGACCGAUGCUGUCUGUUCAUGAAGAACUUGGGUGCCGCCGACGGGCUGGCGGUGAAGCCUUACCUCAAGCUUCUCCAGUUUCCUCAGAGCGAGACGCUGUACAAGCAUCUGUUCGCGGCACUCAGGGCUUACAUCAACCAGUUCUCAGAAACGCUGUUUGAAGGUGGCAGCACAUUAUGCGCAGGAGUAGUAAGCGCGGUAGUAAAAUUAUGCGAAGCACGGGCCGCGUGGUUACGAAGAGAAGCCGCGGCGGCACUGUACCUACUCAUGCGCGCCAAUUUCCAACAUGGCGCCGGGGGAAAUCUCACUCGCGUUCAUUUACAGGUUAUAAUAGCAGUGUCCAAACUGCUCGAUAACUCAACGGCACUCAACUGCAAGCGCUUCCAAGAAUCUCUAUCUGUGAUCAACUGCUUUGCGACCGGCGACAAAGCUAUGAAAGGAACCGGCUUGUCAAACGAAGUUGCUGAGCUAAUGAGGCGUGUGCGCACUGUUGUUGGCGCACGAGCGAGAUUGGCUGGUGGGGGAGGAUCGGGCGGAGUGCAAUUGGCAGAGUUGCAACACGCGUUAGCGGCGUCAUGUCGCGCGACGCCGCGCCUGCGACACGCCUGGCUGGCCACGCUCGCCGACCACAACGCACGGCUACACGACCAUGAUGAGGCGAUGUGUUGCCAGUUGCACAUAGCCGCUCUGAUAGCAGAGUACUUGAAGUUGCGCGGCACACAGACGUGGGGCUCGGACGUAUUCGAAGAGAUCUCCAAGAACAUACCGCGAGACGAGACUGGGCUAAAAAUCGAUGAAGGCGUGGUCGAAGUUCACUACAACGAACAAGCUCUCUUAGACCAGCUGAUGAUCUGCACAGAAUACGUAGACAAAGCAGAGCGCUACGAACUCCUAGGCCCUCUCUACCGCCUCAUCGUACCUAUAUACGAACGCCGCAAAGACUACCAAGCCUUACUCGCCUGCUACCAACACCUUACCAAAGCCUACGCAAAAGUAAUCGAAGUAACAAACUCAGGAAAACGACUCUUAGGCCGGUUUUAUCGAGUAGCCUUCUUCGGGAAAGCGCAUUUCGGAGAAGACGAAGAAGGAGUUGAGUUUAUUUACAAGGAACCAAAGCUGACGUCGCUGAGCGAGAUAUCGGAGAAAUUGCAGAAUUUCUACGAGCAGAAGUUUGGUGUUGGUCCUGUCAAAAUUAUUAUGGAUUCGGCACCGGUGAACCGCGACGAGCUAGACAGUAAGCUAGCGUACAUCCAAGUGACAUGGGUGCGGCCGGCCCCGUGCGGCGUAGCUGCGGCCACGGCCAGUGCCGAGGGCUCCUUCGAGAGGGUGCACAAUGUCAAGCGGUUCACGUUCGAGACGCCCUUCACUAGGGACGGCGCCGCCAGGGGGCCUGUACACCAUCAGAGGUUACGGAUCACUACUCUCACAGCUGAGAACUGGUUCCCGUACGUGAAGCGUCGCAUUCCCGUGGUGGAGACCCAAGUUGAGGAGAAGAGUCCCAUAGAAGUGGCCGUGUCUGAGAUGGAGAGCCAGGUCACCGAGCUAGCGGAGAUCGUCAACUCUAAAGCGCCUGAUAUUAAGAAACUACAACUAAGGCUCCAGGGCAGCGUAUGCGUGCAAGUGAAUGCGGGUCCGCUCGCGUACGCGAACGCCUUCCUCGACCCCACGCUGGCGCCCAUGUACCCAGAUGAAUUAGUCGACAAACUCAAGGCUACGUACAAGGAAUUCCUAACAGUGUGCCACUCGGCGCUACAACUCAACGCCAAGCUGAUCAGCUCCGACCAGGUGACGUACCACGAGGCUUUGGAAACCAACUACUACAAGCUUAGCGAUUCACUAUCCACCAUCCUCGGCCAGCCAUUACACGAUAUACUAGUCAACGGGAACCUCAGCACGACAGUCACCGGCGUCGAAUUAGAAUCUAGCAACGCAUAGAAAUAUCUAAAACUUUCUAGAAUGAACGACAUGAUGCCUAAAGUCAUAGGAACUGGGAAAAGGCCAGAAGUUUUGGCAUAAUUUGAAAGUAUUUAAGUUUUUGAAUCGAUAUAUAACCAUAUUUGUUAGUCGUUUUACGCAGGAUUGCCCGUGUUUUCGUUUAAAUAAGACCCUAAACAUAUAUCGUAUCAUUAAAUUGAUUCGUAACCUAUCCUGUGAUUGCAACACAAAAAGAUUUUUUCUGUAGAACUGCGUUAAAAAACGACCACUUUAUAAUAAUAAGAUUAGUCAAUUACAAAUUCCAUCCUGACCGACGGAUCCUUACAGCAUCGUAAUAAAAUAAGAACACACUUUUAGAACAAAGCGCCAUUUAUACUUGAACAAAAAGGAGCACAAGUUUUUUUACUUAGAUAGGAUUUUAUACUUUUCUGUUGAUAAACCUAAGAAAUCAUUAGUAACACGUUUACUAUAAUUGCCAUUGUUAAUUGUAAUGUAGUUAAGAACAUGAAUCUUAUACUCGAUAUACAUUAUCAACAACUUUUUGUCAUAAACAUGUAAAAUAUCAAAACAUAUGUGUAAAGUUUGACAUAUCCACGUGUAUUUAGAUUUUUUUAGUUACAAUAUUAUAAAAAAUACAUCAAAACUGAAUUCUUUAAAACUGAUUCUUUUAACCUUUUUCGAUUUGUUGAAUUUUAAUUUUCUAAAUAGAUUUCUUCAAUAUAUUUUUGCAAUAGCAGCUUAGUAAGUAUAUAUUUUCUUAACUAUGUAACGAAAGACUGGACUUAAAAUCUGAGGUAGUUGUCAAAAAAUUCUUACUAUAGUUUAAACUGCAAAAAGCUAAAAAUAAAUUCGAUAUCUCAUACUAAAUUCGAUAGUUCAUAUUAGGUAAUGUUCUUUUAGAAAAGUUUAUGGACCGAGUUGCCAUUAAAAGAUUUAUAACGUUUUUCAACUGAUAACCUCAUUUUUUGGUUUUUGCUAUAAUUUUAUGUACAUUUUGGAAAAGUGUUAUGUCCAAAUUAUAAUCGUAAUAAUAAGUUAGUAUUUAAUAUUAUAGAAUGGUUUUCUUAAUCGUAUUUUUAAUUAUUUUUGUAGUUUCCAUUGGGUUACUAAAGAAAAUACUUUUUGACAUAGUUUUGUUUAAAACAGGAAUUGAGUGUAAUGAGAUAAUACUAUGCGUGAACUAGUUUUAUGCACAAAGAUUUUAUGUUUGUUUAAUUUAUUUUGUUAUUUUUUAAUUAUUUACGUACAAAUCCUAGAGAUAAUGUCUUCAUGCAUUAUAUUAUUGAGUGAAAUCACCUUUUAUCUUUCGGUGGACUUUUAUCGAUCGUUUUAGUGAGUGUUGAAAUGAGGUAAACAUUUAAAAAUUAGGAAAAACAUAUUAGACGAUUUUAACAAGACGAUAUUUACGUCUGCCAUAAACCAAGCGCCUAUAGGCUGCAACCCUCUAUAGUCUCCGGCCUCAACUAUAAAAUAUACAACUUUUACGUAUUUUAAUCCAAAAUUUAAUUAAUAUGAAUCCACAGAUUUUACAUUUUAAGCUGUACCUGGUCAAGUUACUGAUACUUUUUACUCUGUUCAUUCCAGCCUGUAUAUUUUUGGUUUAUUUGUUUUAAAUUCUAAAUAUUGAAGUUUUGUAGCGUGAAAAGAAUGCGACGUAGAAAUAUCAUGGUUUUAUUCCUGUUUUAUUAUACAAAAACUGCAAAGCAUUUAUUAUGUACUUAAGAUAUUAAGUUUUUAUUUACUGACGAUCGAAAAUCACACAAAAAGCCAUACGUAAAUUAAGCAUAAGAGAUAAAAAUGCUACCGUAGCCAGUUUUCAUCUUGUUAUUGGCAACUUUUGUAUCUUCUACUACCUGUAUAAUCAUAUUGUAACUUCACUGUUUUAAUACAUUUUUAAAUAUUUAA